AUGGCUAAUUAUCACAGUAAUUUCCAAGAUGGCUUUCAUCACCCCGGUGGCUUAUUCGCUAGUGUUGGUCAAGGUCUUGGUGUUUCGUCGAACCCCCGUGCUGACGGUGGGGGCGGCGGCGGUGGCAUGAAGCUUUCGUACACCGACUUUUACAUGAAAUUCAUGGAGGGUAUUAGAAGAUUCGGGGGUCAAGAGGAGGAUGGACUGACGAAGAAGAAGAAGAAGAAUAAGUUGAAGAUUAAGGUUUCUAAUCCUUCUCUACAAAGGUUAAUAAGCGGUGCCAUAGCCGGGGCGGUUUCUCGAACGGCCGUUGCGCCAUUAGAGACUAUAAGGACUCAUUUGAUGGUUGGGACUAGUGGGCAUUCCACAACUGAAGUCUUCAAUGAUAUUAUGAAGACUGAUUGGUGGAAGGGAUUAUUUAGAGGCGAACAAGCCAAACACCCAAUCCCUCCCUCAUUAAUUGCUGGGGCAUGUGCUGGAGUUAGCUCAACAUUGUGCACAUACCCUUUAGAGUUGCUCAAGACUCGUCUAACAAUACAGAGAGGUGUCUAUGACGGUCUUUUCGAUGCGUUCUUGAAAAUUUUAAGAGAAGAGGGACCUGCAGAACUCUAUAGAGGUCUUGCCCCUAGUCUUAUUGGAGUAAUCCCAUAUGCAGCCACUAAUUACUUUGCAUAUGAUUCUUUACGCAAAGCAUAUAGAAAUUUUCUCAAGCAAGAUAAUAAGAUUGGCAACAUUGAAACUCUUCUCAUUGGAUCAGCAGCUGGUGCUAUUUCAAGUAAUGCAAACUUUCCCUCUUGA